UUUCUCGCUGUCUCUCCCUCCCUACCAAGAUAACUACAUCGACUUCAAUUUCAUCUAAAACCCUAACCCUAGAUUCUCCAUAUCCAAUUCUUUUCGAUCCCAAAUCGUUCUCAAGAAUUUGCUGAAUGAAAAGGGAGAUCCCCUAAAAGAUAGGAGGUUCGUGAGCCCGAAUUUGCUCACAUCAUGAACCUCGCACCACAAUCAUCGUUCACCGCCUUCAAUGAUGAUCACACCCUCUCCCUACCACCGUCGUCCCCCGGCGAUGAAAAUUUCGAAACGACAUGGUAUGGGAACAUACAGUACCUCAUCAACAUAUCUGCCGUCGGCACCGUCACCUGCGUCCUCAUCUUCCUCCUCCUCAAGCUCCGAAGCGACCACCGCCGCAUGCCGGGCCCCACUGCCAUUCUGUCAAAGCUUCUGGCAGUUUGGCAUGCCACUGGCCGGGAGAUCGCCCGCCACUGCGGUGCUGACGCAGCUCAAUUUCUCCUUAUCGAGGGCGGUAGCUUUUCGCUCAUUGUAUUGAUUGCGGUUCUCUCCGUCACAGUUCUGUUGCCGCUGAAUCUUUACGCGGGAACGGCAUCUAUGGUGGAUCAGUUCUCGAUGACUACGAUCAAUCAUAUUGCGAAAGGUUCGGGUUUACUUUGGGUUCACUUUGUGUUUGUUGUUUUUGUUGUUGUUUUGGUUCAUUAUGGGAUUAAUGAGAUCGAAGGGAGGUUGAGAAUCACAAGGUUUAGGGAUGGAUAUGGAAACCCUAGUGACCCUAGUACUGCUAAUUCGUCGGCCAUAUUUACCUUAAUGAUACAAGGGAUACCCAAAAACAUAGGGCCUGAAAGGGAUUCCUUAGUGGAGUAUUUUCAACAUAAGUACCCAGGAAAGGUUUAUAAAGUUAUUGUCCCAAUGGAUUUAUGUGCUUUGGAUGAUUUGGUCACGGACUUGGUUAAAGUUAGAGAGGAUGUCACAGAAUUAGUAAAUAAGAUGGAAUCACAAGCUUUGUUCUAUGAAGAUGCAAGUUAUGGAAUCCUAGUGGAUUUUCAUGAUGGAUUGAGGGGGAAGUUGUCUGCUUUGUGGCAAGGACUUAAGGAUUUAUGGAGGCGGAUCAAUGAUGAACUGGGGUUUUCAGAUGACGAGAAAUUGAGAAAAUUGCAGGAACGUAGAGCUGAUUUGGAGAUGGAAAUGGCAGCUUAUAAAGAUGGGAGAGCAAAGGGUGCUGGAGUUGCGUUUGUGGUAUUUAAAGAUGUUUACACCGCUAAUAAGGCAGUUCAAGAUUUUCGUAAUGAGAAGAAAAGACGGAUAGGCAAGUUUUUCUCAGUCACGGAGUUGCAACUCCAGAGGAACCAUUGGAAGGUUGAAAGAGCACCAUUAGCAACUGAUAUCUAUUGGAACCAUCUGGGAUCUUCAAAGUUAUCUCUGAGGCUUCGAAGAGUGUGUGUGAACUCAUGCCUGUUAUUGCUACUUUUAUUUUGCAGUUCUCCUCUUGCUGUAAUCACCGCCCUUACUAGUGCUGGGAGGAUUAUUAACGCAGAAGCGAUGGAUAAUGCUCAGUUAUGGUUGACUUGGCUACAGAGCUCAAGCUGGUUAGCAACUAUAAUAUUUCAGUUUUUGCCAAAUGUUCUUAUUUUUGUGAGCAUGUAUAUAGUCGUCCCUUCAGCUCUUUCAUAUCUUUCCAAGUUUGAGCGCCAUCUUACUGUUUCUGGUGAGCAAAGGGCUGCACUUUUGAAGAUGGUAUGCUUCUUUCUGGUAAACCUCAUUCUUUUGAGGGCCCUUGUUGAAUCAUCCCUAGAAAGUGCAAUUUUAAAGAUGGGUAGGUGUUAUCUGGACGGAGAAGAUUGUAAAAGGAUCGAACAGUAUAUGAGUGCUUCUUUCUUGUCAAGAUCAUGCCUUUCUUCUGUUGCAUUUCUCAUCACAAGCACUUUCUUGGGGAUUUCUUUCGAUUUAUUGGCACCAAUACCUUGGAUUAAGAAGAAACUUCAGAAGUUCAGGAAGAAUGAUAUGCUGCAACUUGUGCCAGAACAAAGCGAGGAGUAUGCCCUUGAAGAAAACGAAGAUUCCGAGGGCCUUGAGAGACCAUUAAUAUCUCCAACUAAUGGACUUUCACCUGGCUCUCCUCCAAAUGGUGGUGCGGAUUUACAUGAACAAGAUCUUUCUGAAUAUCCAAUCAGCAGGACCUCACCUGUGCCCAAACAGGCAUUUGAUUUUGCACAAUACUACGCCUUCAACUUGACGAUUUUUGCCCUUACCUUGAUUUAUUCUUCAUUUUCUCCUCUUAUCGUCCCUGUGGGUGCAAUCUAUUUCGGCUACAGGUACGUGGUUGACAAGUACAACUUUCUGUUUGUCUACAGAGUCCGGGGAUUUCCUGCUGGAAAUGAUGGGAGGUUGAUGGAUACGGUAUUGUUUAUCAUGAGGAUCUGUGUUGAUUUAUUCCUUGUCUCAAUGCUCUUAUUCUUUUCGGUUAGAGGGGAUUCCACGAAGUUGCAAGCCAUAUUCACCCUUGCAGUUUUAGUAGCGCAUAAGCUUUUACCAUCUGAGAAUGAUGGAUUUCAGCCAGCAUUAUUGCAAAGCAUACAAACUGUCGAGAAUGUUAUAGAUGGGCCCAUCGAUUAUGAGGUGUUCUCUGAACCUAAAUUUGAAUGGGAUACGUAUCAUUCAUGAUUUGCUCAUCGACGCAAAUUUAUAGACUUACUUUCUGGAGACGUUGUACAGAUAUAUUCAUUUGCAUAUGAAAAGUUCCGUUACUUUUGU